CUAGGCCCAGCCUCCCCGCCCCUCCCCCCCGGGGUCACCUGUGACAACAGCUCCGCCUCCCCGGGUCACUGGCCCCGGCCCGCACCAGCCUCCACCAGCCUCCACCAGCCUCCACUAGCCGUGCCCUUCUGCCCGGGUGUCCAGGCCCAGCCCCAGCCCCCGGGCAACCAUGUCUUCCCGGAGCCUGCGGAAGCUGCGCGGGGAGCGGGUGCAGGCGCCGCUGAGUCUCCCCGUGGAGCAACGACAGGGGCAGGAGGAGGAGAACGACGAGGAGCAGGAGGACGAGGAGCCGCUGGAGCUGGAGCUGCCCCCGGUCCGCAAACAGCGCCGGAGGAAGAGGCCGAAAGCGGCGGCUGGAGACCCGCAGCCUGCGCUGAAUGAAGUCAACGUUGAGAACGAUGAAACACUGGAGGAACAUCCGACCGAUGAACCGAGUAGUAUAAACGUGACGCUCAAGGACUCUCUGACCGAGGAAGACGACCAAACUGAAGCCACACUGGAUGCAGAAAAUGAAGAACCAGAAACAAAAAAUGAUGAGUUGGAAAAUAAACCUGACACUUUGCAGACAAAUUCCAGUAAUAAACCCAAAAGGAAGAAAAAGAAAAAGAAAAACCGGAACAAUACUCCUGCUGAUGCCCAGGAAAGUGUUGCUGAUGACAUUGAUAGCAUUCUGCGAGAAAUUCAGGGGCCCAAUGAGUUUCAUCACCAAAGUCACAGUCACAGUACGGAAACAAGACCAUUGAUGUAUGUUGAACAUAGGAAUCUGAAUCCAGAGACUGAACUGAAGAGAUAUUUUGGGGCCCGAGCAGUGCUUGGAGAACAAAGAUUAAGGCAGAGGCAUCGGCAAAUGCACAGGAGUACGUGGCUCAUAACGCCAAAAGAUGGAUGGCCAAGAUACACUAAAACAGGGAUUUCUAUGCAACUGCUGGAGACAAAAGGAGGAGCCCAGUAUUUCACCUUUGAACAUAGCCGUGAUUAUCAACAGGCUCAAUUCAAGUUCUUGGAUGCAGUCAAUUCCAUGGAUCCAAAUAACAUUUUGGCUCUGCUCCAUGUCAACCCACACCAUAUCGACUCAUUAUUGCAACUGAGCGAUAUAUGUCGGAUGCAAGAGGAUCAGGAGAUGGCACGUGACCUGAUUGAAAAGGCAAUUUAUUGUUUUGAAAGUGCAUUUCACCCAGCGUUUAGCCUGACCAGUGGAAAGAGCCGGUUGGAUUAUCGACGACCUGAAAACAGGUCAUUCUUCCUCGCACUCUACAGGCACAUGAUGUUUCUCGAGAAAAGGGGCUGUCCACGCACAGCACUAGAGUUUUGUAAGCUCAUCCGCGGCCUGGACCCUGAGACAGAGCCAUUAUGCGCUCUAUUGAUGGUUGAUUUCAUGGCUUUGAGAGCACGAGAAUAUUCUUUCCUGAUUCGGCUUUAUGAAGAAUGGAAGUUCCAUUUGAAUCUGUCUCAGCUUCCUAAUUUUGCAUUCUCUGUUCCACUGGCCUAUUACUACAUUAGUCAACGAGAAAAUCUAUCGGACAUUGAGCGCACCCAAAAUAUAGAACGAGCUAACUGUCUAAUACAAAACGCUCUUAUAGUGUUUCCAAGUGUGCUGAUGCAAUUGCUGGAUAAAUGCAGUGUACAGGCAGACCAAGCUGUGCUAUCGCAUAAAUUUUUUGGAUAUGAAGUACAAAUCAGGCAGCCAAGUGCACUGAAGCAGUUGGUGGCACUCUUUGUCGGAAGAAAUUGGAUGCUCUGGAAAGAUGCAGGAAUCAUAACAUGGUUGGAAGAGAACGUGAAGGAAGUUUUAAGAAGAGUGGAUGCAAAAGAUCCACUUGUGGAGUCUGAGAAUAAGAGGAAUAGAUACCAGAAUGUACCCAGGAACAUCUAUCGCCACAUAAUUCUCUCAGAAAUAAAGGAAGCUAUUGCAACCCUUCCACCUGAGGUGACUGCUCAACCAGUGAUGGGUUAUGAUCCACUUCCUCCAUUAGAUGGGAUCAUCACAUAUACUAGACCUGAAAGGGUCAAUCAGGCAGCAGGUGGAAAUACUCUGUCCCUGUUCUUUCGAUCUUUGUUGCCAAAUUUUAAUCUGCAGGAGGACAGAAGACAGCAAGUGGAGGGUGAGGGUGCGGAAGAGCAACAUGAACUGAACCAGGGAGUAAAUCGACUCAUGGCUGCUAUGAGGGACAUGUUGGCAAAUAUCCGAUUUCAAGAACCACCUCAGGAGGAAUAUCAAGAUGGUGAUGGUGAAGGUGAUGGAGAAUGGGACUGAAGCUAAAUCUUCCAUCAACUUUUACUUGCAGUGGUAUCUAUGACUGCGAACAAUGUUCCACCACAGUUGAUAUAAACACUCUUAUUAAAACUUGAAGCAAAUAUA